AUGAGGUCGAAGUUGUUAGCAAGCGAAAAGGGAAGGAUCUUGCUUCAGAGUCUGAUGAAGAGACUGGAUAAAGGGCUUGUCCCACUUCUUGAUCACGUUGCUGAGAAGAAAUUGGUCGUUGACUUACAAGACGUGUUCAAAAGAUUUGGUUUCGACACUUCCUUUGUUCUUAUAACCGGGGUUGAUCCAGGUUGUCUCUCGUUCGAAAUGCCGCAUAUGGAGUUUGCAAGAGCUUUAGACGAAGCAGAGGAAGCGAUAUUGUACAGACAUGUCAAGCCAGAGAUGGUUUGGGAGAUGCAAAGAUGGUUUGGGUUUGGAGAUGAGUUGAAAAUUAAAAAAGCUCACUCGACAUUCGACCGAAUUUGCUCUAAGUGCAUAGUUUCUAAGAGAGAUGAAAUCGCCCGUGGAGAUAUUGACUCUUUUUCUAAAGAUUUGUCGAUGUCUUACAUGAAUCUCGAUACGACCAAGUACAAGUUGUUGAAUCCUAGUAAUGAAAAAUUCCUUAGAGACAUUAUCGUAAACUUCAUGGUAGCUGGUAGAGACUCCACAGGCUCUGCUCUCACUUGGUUCUUCUUUCUUCUCUCUAAGAACCCAAAGGCGAUAACCAAGAUUCGUCAGGAAAUCAACGCAAAACUAUCUCCAGGAACCAAGAACUUCGAAUCAUUCAACUCUGAGGAGGUAAAAGAGUUGGUGUAUUUACAUGGCGCAUUGUGUGAAACACUACGGCUCUAUCCACCGGUUCCAUUUCAGAACAAGCCUCCUAUAAACUCGGAUGUCCUUCCGAGCGGACACAAAGUCGAUGCAAGUUCAAAGAUUUUCAUUUUUCUUUACUCAUUGGGGAGAAUGAAAUCGGUUUGGGGAGAAGAUGCAUCGGAAUUUAAACCAGAGAGAUGGAUUUCAGAGAGUGGAAGGUUGAUUCAUGUGCCUUCUUUUAAGUUUUUAUCAUUCAAUGCCGGUCCAAGGACUUGUUUGGGGAAAGACGUGGUUAUGACGAAUAUGAAGACAAUAGCUGUGAAAAUUAUACAAAACUAUGAGAUAAAGGUCAUUGAAGGACACAAGGUCGAGCCAUUUCCUUCUAUUAUUCUUUACAUGAAGCAUGGUCUUAAAGUUACAGUCACUAAGAGAUGUAACUUGAUCUGA